GCGCGUGGAAUUCACUCUCUGAAAUUUUCAUUCAUUUGUCUCGAAAGCGAAAUCUGAAACCGUCACACACAGUCGCCAAACAUGUCUCUCUCGCUUCCCUCUUCUUCCGCCGCCGCUGCUGCUGCUGCGGCGGCGUCGACAUCGGGAUCAUCGUCUUCUCCGGCGGCUGCUUCGUCUUCCUCAACGACCACGUCCUGGUUCUCCGGAAUCGUUCGCGGCCGUGGUGACAAAUCCGGCACCGCGAAGCUAUCUAAAAGCUCUUCCAUGGCUGGAGGAGGAAGCGGAAGCGGAGAUUACGGAGGACCAAUCAAAGGGAAGAACCAAUUUCGAGGAGUUUUGUUCAAAUACGGUCCCAAAUCCAUCCAGGUUGCUUUUAAGACCGGAGAGUAUAAACAACAAGUGAUAUUUAUCGGUGGAUUAACCGAUGGACUUUUAGCUACUGAUUACUUGGAACCUCUUGCAAUUGCUUUGGAUAAAGAGAAAUGGUCACUUGUUCAACUACUGAUGUCGUCGUCAUAUUCUGGAUUUGGCACUUCCAGCUUGAAACAAGAUGCACAAGAAAUCGACCAGCUAAUAAACUACCUCAUCAAUAAAGAGAACUCUGAAGGCGUUGUUCUACUUGGUCAUAGCACUGGCUGCCAGGAUAUUGUGUACUAUAUGGGAACAAAUGCUGCAUGCUCCCGAGCUGUCAGAGCUGCAAUUUUGCAGGCACCGGUCAGCGACAGAGAGUACAAAGCAACGCUUCCUGAAACACCAGCUAUGAUAGACUUGGCUGCAAACAUGAUAAAAGAAGGUCGAGAAGAGGAGCUAAUGCCUAGAGAAGCUGAUCCUUGUGCUCCAAUCUCUGCUUAUAGAUAUCACUCCCUCUGCGCUUACAUGGGAGACGACGAUAUGUUUAGUUCUGACCUUAGUGAUGAUCAGUUGAAAACUAGACUUGGGCAUAUGGCUCACACACCUUGUCAGGUGAUUUUCUCCAUGGGUGAUGAGUAUGUACCAGAUUAUGUCGACAAAAAAGCACUGGUUAAUAGAUUAAGUAAAGCAAUGGGAGGAGCAGAGAAAGUGGAGAUAGAGCAUGGGAACCACUCUCUCUCCAAUAGAGUUCAUGAAGCUGUUCAAGCCAUUAUUGGUUUUGUCAAAAGAGAAGGACCCAGUGUUCGAACAGAGAUGCUUAGGAACAUGAAAAGUCUGAAUCAGCUUCUUCAGAUGCCGGAGAAAGUAGUGAUUCCGUCUCCGGCGCUGAGUCCUCUGCAUCAAUGGAGAUUAAGCGCUUUAACAUCCCUCGUCUUCUUCCUCAUGGUUGUUGUCUGGAGCAUUGACGGUUGUACAAUCAAAAGCUUCAUCGAAUCAUGGAGAUUCAACGCUUACUCCAUACGACUCACUUCUCAUGGAGAUCUAACUUCGAACACAACCAAUCCACUGGAUCUGAAUCCGACCCGAGUGAAGUUUUCUUGGAUCUCCGUCGAGCAAGAGCAGAACUUCACGGCGAAUGUACUGAAAAACUGGCUAGCUCCGGGAGGAGAGAAGUGCAGAGAAGCAAAAACCGUCGAGAUUUCGGUUCCGGGAAUCGACGGGAAGGAUUUAGUAGAGUUAACGGCUGGUGAGAUUCACGAAUUCAGAUUUCAAUCUUUAGAUGAUUCUGGAAAACGAGUUUGUAUCGGUGGAGAUUACUUCGAGACUGAUCUUUCCGGUGAAAACUGGAAAUCAAGACCACCGGUGAAAGAUUUAGGAAACGGAACUUACUCUUUAUCUCUUCAGAUUCAUCCUGAUUUCGCCGGAGAUUAUAAUCUCACUGUUGUUUUACUCUUCCGUCACUUCCAAGGUCUUAAAUUUAGCCCCGCGCGCUUCGCAUUCAAUAAAAAGCUACGAAAUUUUAAACUACGGUUUAUCAAGAAACCCGACGUUGUUUUACCGGAGCUCCGGAGAUGUGAUCGGUCUGAUUUCGACAGAGAUGUUUGGUCCGGACGGUGGAUUAGGCUUGGUAAGAACGACGAGUGUGAAAUCAGCAACGACGGGCGUUACCGUUGCUUACCGGAUGGUUUCCGUUGCCGGAAUCCAUGGUGCGACGGAGCUGUCUCGGAUUUAGAAAGCAACGGUUGGGUUUACUCGAGCCAUUGCUCGUUUAAGCUCUUCUCUGGUGAAUCGGCUUGGGAUUGUUUGAAGAACAAAUGGAUUUUCUUUUGGGGAGACUCUAAUCAUGUUGAUUCGAUCAGAAACUUGUUGAAUUUUAUCUUGGGUCAUCCGGAGAUUGGGGCAGUUCCGAGGAGGUUCGAUUUGAAGUACUCGAAUCCGAAGAAUUCAUCGGAAACAGUUAGGAUCACGAGUAUUUUCAAUGGACAUUGGAACGAGACUCAAAACUAUCAAGGUCUUGAUUCACUUAAAGAUGAUGGAUUUAGAGAGUUGCUUAAAAGCUAUUUCACCGAAGAGACCGGUGUACCGGACGUGAUGAUCGUUAACUCGGGUCUACACGACGGUGUUCACUGGUCUAACCUUAGAGCCUUUACGAAAGGAGCAGAAACCGCAGCUCGGUUCUGGAGAAACGUUUUCGACUUGGUGAAAGCCCGUGGAUUGCAACAUCCGGAAGUGGUUUUUAGGAACACGAUCGCGACGGGCGGUUACGCGAGGACGCUUGCGUUUAACCCAAGCAAGAUGGAAGUGUACAAUGGGGUGUUUUUGGAAAAAAUGAAGGGGUUAGGAUUGGUCUCGAGUGUGAUUGAUAACUUCGAUAUGACGUAUCCGUGGCAUUUUGAUAACCGGUGUAAUGAUGGGGUUCACUAUGGGAGAGCUCCGGCGAAGAUGCGGUGGAGAGACGGCGAGAUUGGGCAUCAGUACUUUGUUGAUCUCAUGCUUGUUCAUGUCUUGUUAAAUGCAAUUUGUGUAAGAUAAGAGUAGAUUGAAGACUAGAGCUGUUUUAAGUUUGGUUACUUAGGAGAUUCUUUUAUUUGUCUCAUGUAGACUUUGUUGAUUAUGUUAGCCACAAAAUUUCGUAUUUAGUCAAAGCUGAAGAAAAAUAAAUCGUCAUCCUUCAU